CACCGCCCCCUCCCGCAGGUGCGCCUAAUUAAAGCGCUCUGAAAGCCAACAUGGCGUCCGACCUGAACAGAAGGCGCCAAACUCAAGAUGACGAGCAGCGGUCCGGGACCAGAACCGGCAGCUAAAGAUCCUCGGUUCUCUCCCAGUUUCUGUUUCAGCCCAUGCUCCUGUGUCUGCGGGCGCGGCUGGUCGACCGCUGUGUGGACCGGUCUUCCUGACCCACAAAUGGACAGAUGUCCCACUCCCGAACCGUGGCUCCUCCCUGGGUGCAGCUCGGUCUACGACAGCCUUGUCAGUAACGCGUCUCCUGUGCCGUCACCACCUGCUUUUGGGCCGCGAGUCGGAGAGAGAGUUGCCAAAGCUCGCAGGCCGUCCAUCUUGGAGCGUUGUAUCCUCAAAGUGUCCACCAGCAGUAUCGCCGUGGGAACAGAUGACUUGGACAAGAGGACUCCACUGGGACGCUGCUAUUCUCGCAUGCCGGAUCCUGCCAACACGGAGACCAACGCAGCUGUUCUGAAGCGACGACAGAAGCAGAUCCAGUAUGGCAAGAACACCAGCGGCUACCAGAACUACCUGCUGCAGGUGCCCAAACCUCAACGUGAUCCUAAGCUCCACCCCUCUACACCAAACAAGUACCGGAAGUACAGCCGACGCUCAUGGGAUAUGCAGGUGCGACUGUGGAGGAGAGCCCUUCAUAUGUGGGACCCUCCCAGCGAGACCCGACCCGGUGAUGCAGAUACAGUGGACCCAGUGGAUCAACUUCAGAACCAGCUCGCACAAAUGACCUCUGACCUCUGUGAGGACGCUAUCUUUGAGGAGAGAGGGGCUGAGUUGCCUCUGGACCAGAUGGUGUCAAGGCCCUCCCUACAGAAUCGUCCAGGAUCAGAGAAUCUUGAGAUGAACCGCCGGCCGCCUCGCUCUCCUCCUGGUUUGGGCUUUCCAUUCAGGAAUCAGCUGACCAACGACAACAUGGAUUGGAUCCACCUCCUCCUCGAAGUGGAUCAAACUCAAGAUUCUGUCUCUGAUGACCAGCAGGUUCCAACUUUUUCUGACCCAAUGUUCUGGACCCCGUACUGAUGUGUAUGAAGAGUGUGCGCUUGAUAUCUGGAUGCAGGGUUAGUUGGGGUCAUUGGAGCUCUCCACAGUUCAUCACACUUUUUCCUCACAUUUCUUUACAAAAAAAAAAAGUCUCACUCUAUAAAAAAGGCUAAUUUCUGCACUUAUUUUCUUAACAAAGCGCGUUUUUGAACGUUUGUCACCAUGUCACUGUCGAGCUCUGCUGUGGCCCUGCUGCCCUUUUC